AUGGCGGAAACAUCCCCCUUUAUUAGUACCGACAAUCUCGAAAAAUCCCACCGUAUCCAAAAGAUCUCAGAGGAGGAUGAAUUUGAGGUGACGUCACCAACUGAUAUGACUUUCCGGGCUGCCAACGCGGGCGAUUCGGCAAGAAAGGCCAACUUCGGAGGAAGUACACUCAGUCUCGCAGGUUCGACUGCUUCUGGAUCGUCGUUGUUCAGCCGGAGUCCCUUUGAUGAGGGACCGGGAUCAGGCGCAGGCAGCGAUGGCGUUGAUGAGCUCGGCGCUCAUCUCCACCCAGAAUCCGCACAGGGAGGCAUGCCGAGCAACUAUGCCUUGGGCCGUCGAACUUCUGUUUCUGCCGAGUCCUUGAACCCGACAUCCGCGGGCUCGGAAAGCUGGGCACCCCCGCACCACCCCAAAACCGACGAGCAACUAGCACGGCUGAAGACCGCCGUCAGCAGCAACUUUCUCUUCGCUCAUUUGGAGGACGAGCAAUUCAAAACGGUCUUGGAUGCGCUUGUGGAGAAGCCCAUCCCUGCGAAGGGUAUCAAGGUCAUCUCGCAGGGAGACGCGGGUGAUUAUUUCUACAUUGUGGAGCACGGCAGCUUCGACAUCUAUAUCCACCCCUUGGGCUCUGUGCAGCCGGGUCCCGAUGGCAUGGGCAAUAAAGUCGGCUCCACUGGACCGGGUGGCUCCUUUGGUGAGCUCGCCCUUAUGUACAAUUCUCCCCGUGCUGCAACUGUCAUCUCCAUAGACGCCAAGAGCACUCUUUGGGCUCUGGACCGUAUCACUUUCCGUCGCAUCCUGAUGGACUCGGCCUUCCAGCGACGCCGCAUGUACGAGGAGUUCUUGGAAGAGGUCCCAGUCCUAUCUUCCCUAAAGCAAUACGAGCGAUCCAAAGUCGCAGACGCCCUGGACACGAUCAAGUACCCAGCCAAUGCAACUAUCAUUACUGCAGGUGACCCUGGCGAUGCUUUCUAUCUUUUGGAAUCGGGCGAGGCCGAGGCUAUAUUGAAUGGUGUCUCCGUCAAGACAUAUCACCGAGGUGACUACUUCGGUGAGCUAGCGCUGCUAGACGAUAAACCCCGUGCAGCCAGUGUUAUCACCAAAACAGAAGCCAAGGUAGCACGCCUGGGCCGGGACGGAUUCAAGAGACUGCUUGGGCCUGUGGAGGAAAUUUUGCGGCGGACUGAGUACAUACGACAUGAUGAAAUCGAAGGGUAUUCGAAAUGA